UCCAUGGUAACAACCCCUACCCUAGCUCGCCAACCCCUGAAUUCUUUGUUCUCCGGCGAGGCCGAGAAAAUCAGCGGUGGCAGUGCAAUCCGGCCAGAUCCAGCAAUUGAUGGACACCUUCAUGCGAUUUGACAUGGACUCCGAAUGCAAUAUCACCCACCCGGAGCUGGCCGCCCUCUUCCGCUCCCUCGGCCUCAAGCCCGCCGACGACCAACUCCACUCCAUCCUCUCCAACAUUGACGCCAACGGCAACGGCUACGUCGAGUUCGACGAGCUCAUCUCCGCCAUCCUCCCCUACAUUAACGAGGAGGUCCUCAUCAACUAGGAGAAGCUCCUCGAGGUCUUCCAGUCCUUCGCGACUACAUCAUCGCCAUCAAGCUCGCUGGAUCCAUGGCCAAGAUGGGCCACCUGCUCUCCUACAAGGAGCUGUCGGAGAUGAUGUGUCAGGCCAAUACCAAUGGGGAUGGCGUCCUUAGUUUCCACUU